ACCCAAUAUCAUAAGCCAAAACUAUUAAAAGGCACACUGAGAAACAAAAUUUCUUCCACAUAUGCACGUCCGUUUUAGCGCAACACAAAGCAAUUCGAUGAAAACACCACUGGACAUUUACACUUUUUAAUGUAAGAUUCCUUCAAAAAAAGAUGAAACUUGAUUCUCCGGAACAACACUUUCACAGGGAAAAACCUUGUUUAAAGCUGAUUUUUACGGGUCUGUGUCUGGGAUUGGUGUGUUUUCUGGUUAUAUGGUCUUAUAUGGGUAGUGAAAGAAAGAAACAACCUCCACACUUGUUUCAGCACUUUGCAAAACUUUACAGCUCCACAAAUUCAUCCACCUCUACUGCAGAUGUUCUACUAAAAAUCAGUUCAGAAGACUCAUUUUACUCUGAAUUUGGAAUCAGUUUAGAAAGUUACUCCAAUUUACAGCAGACUCUUUACUGGGCUGGACCAGACAGAUCAAUUACAGAUGUGUCAAUGAGAACAAGUCCAGCACACUCCACCUUUAUCAUUAAGAACUUGAAAGACAGCUACCAAAUAGGGGAGGAGCUUUUUGUUACUAUCCAUGCCAGGGACUUCAACAAUAAACCCAAAAGUUACGGAGGGGACUUCUUUCAAGCAAAGCUUUUCUCAUCAAAAACUCCCAACAAGGCCAGUGUGUUUGGGGAGGUGGUGGAUUUGCUCAACGGCUCCUACUCUGUGCGUUUUCUUCUGCCGUGGGUUGGACAGGCACAGGUAGCUGUGCGUCUGAUUCACUCCAGUGAAGCUGUGCAGGUCCUCAAGCAUCACAGAGACACUGAUUCUGACAGAGUUUUCUUUAAUGGAUAUUUUGAAGGACCAGGACCAAAUGGGGCCAAGUUGAGAGAAACAGUGAAGUGUAAUGUAAAGUGGGACAAAAAUGGAUUGGAGAGAAUGGGAACUGGAGAUUGCUGCUGUGAUUACAAAGAUUCUCGCACAGAAGAGACAUGGCGUUGCCAAAGACCCCAAACUUUGCCAUGCAGCGCCCACGUGUAUCAUUCAAUGGGCGGGUAUAAUAACCGCCUGACUGAAAAAGAGAACAUUCUAAUGAAGGAAAUCAACCAAGGUAUAAACACCAGAGAUGAAACCAUCAUCAUGAUUGCUCCAUCCAAACAAAAACGAAGUAUUGGUGAAAACAAGAAAUGUCACCCUGGUUUGCACUCACCAGUUCCAGCUGGGUUUUACCUGGAUGAUGUUUGGACCUCUUUUGUUUGUAGAACUCGCAGUUUUACUACCCAAACAACAACACAGUGCCUGAAAGACAAAAGUAUCUACAUGAUGGGAGACUCUACCAUGAGACAAUGGUUUGAGUUCUUGGUGAAAGCAGUACCAACCUUGAAGCAGAUGAACCUGCAUGUUGAAUAUCAGGCAGGGCCUCUUCUAGCGGUGGAUGUGGAGAACAACAUUGACUUACACUGGAGGGCUCACGGUCUUCCUCUGCGCUGUCGGAAAACUGAAGUUUCUAAUCUGCACUACGUCAGUAAUGAGAUUGAUGAUCUGACUGGAGGACCUCACACAGUUAUUGCCUUUAAUCUGGGACCACACUUCACAACAUAUCCUCUGGAUUUCUUCACCCACAGAGUGUUGAGGAUCCGCAAAGCUGUGCUAGAUUUGUUACAGCGGGCACCAGACACUACCGUUAUAAUCAAGACCGUAAACACCGGCUAUAAGGAUGUGUUCGGCAGUGACUGGUAUUCUUUGCAGUUGGACAGAAUCCUUCGGUGGGCUUUUCAGGAUGUUGGUGUUUAUAUUUUGGAUGUUUGGCAAAUGACAGCCUGUCACUACAACAAAGAGGACAUUCAUCCAGGUCCUGUCAUCAUCAAAAAUGAGAUGGACAUAUUUCUGUCUUUCAUUUGCCCUGAAUGAAUUUUUCACAUGGGGAAUCAGGAAGUAAAAACAAAGGCUUGAUAGCGCUUCGGCGCCAUGCCGGAUUUCCGGUGUACAGACUUGUCUGCGGAAAAAAUGUGAUCUGACAAUUCCCAAGAUCUAAGACGGUAAAAGAAAUGGACACAGCGACCCCAUUGGAUUCAACAGAGACAAUUGAGAGAAGGGUCUUGUAACAACAGUUUCUAAAACAGGUACAGGUUGCUCUAAAUACCUGAUAUUGGACCAGUGAUUAGGUUCGUUACAGGAGGGCAAGUAAUUAAGGCACACAAGUACACAGAUAGUAAGUAGAAACGACUGAGAUGUAUUUUUGUUAGUGCAGAAUAAUACUGGAAACAAAUGUAACACAAUCACAAUAAAAAUAAAACAAAUUAAAUAAUUGUCCUGUUGU